UUUACAGAAUUAUAAUUUAUGUUAAUUUAAGAAUUUGAAGUCAUGAUGCUGUGGGCAGUUUUAAUGCUUGUGCUUGUGCAGAGUUCGUAUUGUAUUAUUGGUAUACACAGAACCAACACUCUGAAACCUACCUGUGAUAAUACAGAAUGGGUGAAAUCAGAGAACGGAAAUGUUCAUGAAUUAUCAGAAAACUGUGCUUAUGUGUUAUCUUCAGUGGAGUCAAAUGUGCAAAUGGAGACAUUUUAUGAAACAUGGUUUUUAAAAUAUGAAUCUUUGAUAUAUUCUAUAAUAAGUGCUUUUAUGGUCGGGCUAAGUGGAAUAUUACCGCUUAUUAUGCUUCCAAAAAUGAGUGAUGGGUCUAAAUGUCUUAACCGCCUCCUUAGCUUUGCAGUUGGAGGUCUGCUCGGGGAUGUUUUCCUUCAUUUGCUACCAGAAUCGUGGAAUGCAUUGCUCAUGUCAGAAUCUGACCAUAAAAGAUUCCAUACUGCUGCUGUGUUCAACGGAUUUUGGGUGUUAGUCGGACUUAUCUUCUUUUGGACUUUAGAAAAAAUGUUUUCUAAGGAAUCAGAAGCGACAGAAGAAGUGAAACCAACGUCAAACGUAUCUAACGGAGAUAUAUCUCAUCAGAAUUGUAACGGAAAUAACAACACUAAAGAAUGGAAUAUAGAAGAAAAAGAUUGUUGCUGUGGCGAUGAUAAGUUGAUCGUGCAAAAUGGAGUCCACAAAGUUCGUUCAGAUGUCAAAGGUCAUUCUGACAUUGCGCAAUCAAAAUCUAAUGUUAAAAUGGCUGGAUAUUUGAAUUUGUUGGCCAAUAUUAUUGAUAAUUUUACACAUGGUUUAGCCAUCGGUGGGAGUUAUCGAGUCGGGCGAUGGGUUGGUAUUCUAACAACUCUCGCUAUUUUAUUGCAUGAAAUUCCUCACGAACUUGGGGACUUUGCAAUUUUGCUUCGAGCAGGCUUCGAUCGCUGGCAUGCAGCGAAAAUGCAACUCAUGACUGCCACCGGAGGGCUUUUUGGGGCAGCAUUUGCCCAUAUUGUGGGCGCUAACACAACUUGGGGAAUAUGUAUUUUGCCCUUUACUUCAGGGGGUUUCUUAUAUAUAGCUUUAUGCACUGUGGUGCCAGAUUUGCUAAAAGAAAAAUCACCAAAAGAAUCCUUUUAUCAAUUUUUAUUGUUAUGUUUAGCCAUAGGCAUAAUGGGCCUUGUCAGUAUUAUAGAAUAAAAAAUCUUUGUUGUUCAUUUUUAUCCAUUUUUCGUGCCUUUAAAAAAUUUAUUCCUAUGUGCAGUGUAUUAGAAUAUUUUUUCCGCAGUUUUCUUAUCUUUCAAGUCAAGUAUUUUUUUUGAGUAGUAGAAUUCUUGUAAACUGUUUACUGAGUAGGAGCGCAGAGUAAAGCUUCAUAAAUUUCUAACACUGUUUUAUUUGUUAUGUUCAUUUGUUGUAAGCUUUUGUCUAUAGCAGUGGUUCCCAACCUGUUAUGGCCCCCUUACGAAGGAUUUUAGCACCCGUGGUCCCCUUGUUAAUUAUUCCAAACAUAGUAGCAAUGUACACAAGUAAAAUUGGAGAUUGGUCUCAGAUUUGCUUCAAAUUGCAUUUAUUUGUGUAAUUCCUGAUUGCUUGCAAGCCAUAAUAAUACCAAACUAUUGAAUAUGUUUAAAGUUAGAAUAAUAAUAAAAUCUUAUAGAAGCCUUUUUGUUCAUAGUCUAACGAAUCAAAUAGUCUACCGCAAUGUUUCCCAACCUUUUCCAGUUUGCCACCCACUUUUAUUGUCAUUUUUUGUGCGAACCUCAAUGAGAUGUUAAUAUAUAAUAAAAGAAACAAUGUAUCCCUAUGCUAUUUACUAUUAAUGCGAAACUUGAUCUUGCAUAUUUGAUAUUAUUAGAUCAAGUCUGAUAACAACGUAUAAUUCUAAUUGUUACAUUGUUUCAUAAUUGUUACAUACUGAUAAUGCCACAAUUUCCAGAUUUAAUCGAAAACUGUAUGUAACAUUUAGAAAUACCUCGCGGCCCAAAUAGCACUGGUUAGGAAGCCUUUUGACCUUUAUAUCUAUGAAGCAUGUUUUUUUCUUUUGUGUUUCGAGUGAAUGAAGAAGAGAGUUUAUUAUUAACGCAGAUGUUUUUUUUUAUUUCAUCACCAUUUUAAUAACAUGAACUAGAAGCUUUAUCUUUAUCAAUAUUGAACUUUUCUUUCAAGUUUAUUGCUCUAUGCAUUUUAUUGAACUGUUUUAAUGUCGUUUUAUUGUUGUUUAAAUUUCAGUUGCAGCCAUUGCUAAAUCAGUAAACUUUGACCUUUCAUGAAUGGAAACUUUUGUAGAUAGUUUUUUGUGUGAUAAAUUGCUAAAAAAAUGGUUAUAUAGGUAAUUGGAAGCAGUAUAAUUCUUAAAAAUAUUUUGGCUUCUAAUUUUGUUUCACAUAAAAAUACUAUUUCCAUGAGUGCCAUGGUAGCUAGUUGAUUGAUAUGAUAAAUUUUGGAUCUUUCCCAGUUAUCCCUAACCCUCUACGCCAGGGGUGGGCAACUUCUCUAGUCGGCGGGCCAGAUGUGGGAAAAUGAAGUUUUCGGUGGGCCGGAUUAUAACAUGAAUAGCAUUCAAUAUCCUAAUCACAUAUUUAUUCCCUAAUGCAAGGAAGAAAAUUAUAAUUCGUGUUUAAAGUAAAGUUUAAACUACAAAAAAAUAGAGAUCAAAAAAACACAUAUAUCAUGAUGUACUAAAAGUGUAAUAAUGUGAUAUCAUAAUGUACUGAUGUACAGUCAGUGGGCCGGUCAAAAUCUCAUUGCGGGCCACGGGCCGUAUGUUGCCCACCCCUGCUCUACGCUCUACUAAUAGUAAAAAAACUCAUAUAUUAGCCAAAAAAUGGUUUGGCUUUUAUUAGUUAGUGUGAGUAUUCAUAUAUUAGUGUGUGAUAACUGGAAGGAGGGUUAGAAUUUGAAUAUCAAUUAAAAUUUGGGAAAAUUUUGCAGAUAUAAAAACUUUUUCUAUACCGGUAAUAUUUUUCAUGAUUUUGGUAAAAAUUUUCAAAUGGUAAGAUCAAGUGUAUCAUCCUACUGUUAGGUAGUGGUUGAAAUUUUAUGAAUAUCCCUCAAACUCCCAUCAAGUUUGGUUAUUUGGCAACCCUUCUGAUUUAAUUCAUGAAAUUCAAAUAAUAAACACCUCCCUUGAACUCAAAGUAUAAUGAGUUCUAUAAAUUUGUUCUCCCAGACACUUUGUAAUAAUGAUAACAAAAAAUUCUUCAGAUUGGAGAACCAAAUGUCAUUUUCUCCGAACCCAUGUUCAUUUUUUAGUAUUGUGCAAGCGGUUAUGCAACUUUUGUUUGUUCAUGAAGCAGUUGUUUAUUGCAUUGUUUGUUAAUAAUGCUUACUUUUAUUAUGUAAUAAUGAUGCCCUGACUUCGCCAAUAUUUGUUUGCAAACAUUGCAAGCUGAUCAAGCAUUUCUGCCUGUUAAAGAAUUUUAUUUAUUUUAUUGCUCUGAUUAUUAGAGUAUCAAUAAUAACCCGCUAUCCUUAGACCAGAUAUGUCUCGCUUUAGUGACUCAAAUCAUCUGUGGUCCUGUCCUAACAGCAGUAAAGGGGACUUUUUCAAAUGUUUAUUUAGUGUUUUAAGAGGGUCAUGACACAUGGAAAAUUAUAUUGUAAUAUUCCAAUUUAAUUUCAUAUUUUGGGAGCAUCCAAGAAUUUUCAAAGCAUGGUGGGGGGGGGGUUUGUCUGAAGUUUCUAAUUUCCAAGUUUGACCGCAACAGCCAGCGGUUUGGGAAAACAUAGUUUUUCGGCAGUCUUGAGGUUACAAAAAGCGUUUCAGGCUAUGAAAAUUACUAUGUAUGAUACAAAAAAAUAAUGCCUUUUUUAUGUUCUAUUUUAAAAGGCGGGGGGUUCCAACCUGCGAAAUCGCUUCUCUGGUAUGCUCUUGUAUCAUAUACGUUCAGUUUUAACUUAUUAUAUAUGGUUACAAUCAUAUAUAAGGGUUUGAUUUUAAAGCAACUGAACAAGUGAACUGCCAAUCAAGUGUAGUAUAUCUUGUGUAAAUACUUGAUCUUCAAAUGAUUUUAAAUGUCUUUUACCCCCCCCCCCCCCCCAGAAAAAAAAAUUUGUGUAAUUACCAUUUACUUAUGCUAAAAUAUACAUAAUGUGAGUGAGUGUUCAUAAUGUCCUGUUACAUUCAAAAUUAUUAAUUAGGUUAAUUUUCAAAAUAUUUUAACCAUGCACUAUAGAAUUUCUCUAAUUACUGUUCUUUGGGCCUGAUAGUAUAAUUGGUAAAUUAUUAAAUCAAUUUCAAUAAAUCUACUAAAAUCCCCCCAUUUUAUGUACUAAUGCCACUUUAGAAGCCAGUAUUGCUACUUCAAAAAUUUUGAUCAAUUUCUAUUUUAGUAAUAAGUGCUUUAUUUAUUUUAGUGAUUAUAAUUGAGGUUGGCAAGGGCUGGUACUUGUGCCUUAGGCUAUUUUGCUGUAAUUGUACAAUCAAUUCUUUACAUGUGUUAUUAUAAUUCAGUUUAAUGAAUGUUUUUCUUGCAAUCGCUUAAAAUGUUUUAUUUAUCAAAAUGACAGUUGUGAUUGGCCUUAUAUGUCUUAUAUCUGGCACACCAUCCUUUAUGACCUUGUUUUGAAUUAUUUCCGAAUCCCAAUUUUUAAAAUUUGAUAUUCCAGUUUUAUACUUUAAAAUUAUAUUUGAUUUGGA